CGGGAAGAGCACGCUCUUCACAAGAAAAGAAGGCAAAGGCGCCAGCAGCAGCAGCACCGCCGCCGCCAAGAACAAUAACAAGAAGCGGCCGAGGCCUUUCGCUGCACCAGUGCAGGUUGGCGGUGUGAAGUCCCAGUUCCUUCCCUGUCCUUUUUCUCUCCACCGUCCCCCCAACCCAACCCAACCCGAAGAGGCCAUGGCUCGCGAGUAUAAAGCCGGGGAGUUGAUUUUCGCCAAGAUGAAGGGUUACCCUCACUGGCCUGCCAGGAUUGAUGAUUUUGCCGACGGAGCAGUAAAGUCUUCAACAAAUAAAUAUCCCAUUUUCUUCUUUGGAACUCAUGAGACUGCCUACCUGGGUCCACGAGACAUUUAUCCAUAUGAAGAAAACAAGGAAAAGUAUGGGAAGCCCAACAAGAGAAAAGGUUUCAACGAGGGACUGUGGGAAGUUGAAAAUAACCCAACGGUUAAAUUUCUUGGACAACAAGGUUCUAAUAAACGAGCUCGAAAGUUGUCAACUGAUAAAGAUGCUGAAGAGGGGAAGGAAACGGGUGGCUCAAAUCUGGGUAAAGAGGAGUCUGAUGCUGCAAGUUCACCAGAGUUUGACAAGCAUAGUGAUGAUGAGACUUCUGCAAAGAAAGCUGCAGUAAUGGAACCUCCAAAGAAAGGUGCCAAGAGGGGACGAAAGAGAAAGAUUGACCAAGUAGAUGUUGGUUCAGAAUCUGAAACCGAAAAGCAGAGUGCAAAGCGGAAGAAACAAGCUGUUGAGGUGAAGACUCCAAAACCUAGAGGAAGGCGACCUAAAGCCAUGAUAAUGGCUGCACGCACAGGCGAUGAAAGUGAGAAUGAUGAUAUGAACAAAGCUGAGGUGAAGAAGGCAGCCUUGGAAGAGAAACGAAAGAAACAGCAUGAGCAAAAGAAAGUGAAGGAGGAGGAAGAGAAGAAAGAGGAUAAAAAGAGUGACAAACCAAAAAAAGAUCUAGUUAAAAAGGAAGGAAAGAAGGACCUUGCAGAACCCAAGAGGAGGAGAAGCACCAAGACCAAGUCAACUUCAGAGUCUGAAGAGGAGGAACCAGAAGAUGGAGAAGAGAAAACCAAAAAAACAAAGUGGGAUGCUGCUAAUAGAAGAAAUCUAAUGAAAAAACAAAAUGAAAGGGAACAGGAAGAAAAGCUGUGCAAAGUGGAGGAAAGCAAAAAAGAUGAGCAGCAAACCAAAGAGGAGAAAGAAGGAAAGAGAGAAGAAAAACUCAACUUCAAGAAAAUAGAAAAAAAAAGAGAAAUGUCAAUGGAAUUGAGACUUCAAAAGUUGCACAGUGAAAUUAAAUUAUCACUGAAGAUCGACAAGCCUGAUGUGAAAAAAUGCAUUGAGACCUUAGAUGAACUUGCAGCACUCCAGGUUACUCCGCAGCAUCUGCAGAAACACAGUGAACUGAUUGCAACACUUAAGAAGGUUUGAUAUGUUCAGAUUUUA